AUAUCUUUCACUUGUCUUCAACAUAGUUUGAUAAUCUGUGUCUUCAACUAUGACACCUAUGCUUGACACUUCACUUGUGGUGUGAAUAAACAACUAAGAGGUUUUACUAUUGUAUGAUACUAUUGGAAUAUUGCUUAUUAUCGAGGCUUACUUUAAAACUAUUAUGCAGCAAGUGCUGUUAAUUAGUGCAAUUGUCAGAAGACGUGGAUAUCUGUUCUGUAAUCAACAUUUCGGCAGUGCAGUGCCAGCAUGCAGAGUGACGAGCCUGUGAUGAAAGGGUAUCUCCUAUUACCCUCCAAUGGGAAGAUAUUAAAAAAAACAUGGCAAAAAAAAUAUUGCGUUUUAUAUGAACGAAGCAGCAGUGGAUUGGCCCGCGUUGAAAUAUACGAAAAUGUACAAAGAACUGGACAAGCGAAAAUUGUUACACUAGAAGAUGUGGUUAAGAUAUCACCAAAAGCCACCAAACAAAUCAACAUUGUAACCAAAAAUGCAAUCAUGGAAUUUGAGACCAUAAACGACGAAGAUUCCACACUUUGGUUCGAAAUGUUGAAAAAAGUGGCUUUUUCAGAUGGAGAGAGUGCGAAGAACGACGGCAUAGAGCAGGACAAUGAGUUGUAUUGCUCAGUAGACGAGGGGGUUUUCUUUGUAAAACUUCAUCCGUCAGAGGCUUCGCAGAGGUGCAACCUAAUAGAAAAAACCUACAUUCUUCAAGUCACCGAAAGCGCUCUUCAUCUUCUCCAUCCAGACAAUACAUUGUUAUACAGUUGGCCUUUUAGCUUUAUUCGGAAAUAUGGCUACAAAGAUCGCAAAUUUACCUUCGAAGCUGGACGAAAAUGUGCUACCGGUGAAGGCGUUUUUUAUCUGGAACACCCUAACCACAACGAAAUCUAUAGAUACCUGUCGGCCAAGAUGAAGCAAAUGAAAAAGAAGCUUAAGAGGGCACCGUCCUUAACAGAUGUUACAGAGUCGCAUUUUCUCCCCAUCUUAGCGAUGGAAGCCGGAUCAAGGAGUCCUCUCCCUCUGUCUUUUACUGCUCAGAGUUCGUUCCAAGAAACGAGCAUGAUUUCCAGUUUGCAUUCCACUUUUCGCAUUCCAUCCCAAGAGCAUUUAAAUUCCAACAAAGAGGUUCCUCAGAAGCCUAUGCGAAAAUUUGCGCCUUCGAAAAAUGACAACCAGAAACUAAUGCCAAAGAACGCCGAUAGCUCCCACAUAAAUGUCGAUGAGCCAUCGAGUACAGACAAAUAUGAUACUGUAGAGACUAGGAUAGAUGCUUGGAAAACCUUGGGCAUGCAGGAGCCGGCUUAUUCCGACUGCGACGACCGACAUCUUGUCCAAUCAACAGGAGAAAUCGCUUUGACUGAAAAGCCUAGGGCACCUGCUGUGAUAUCCGAGCCGGUUACGUCGCCACUCAGUCAUUAUUAUGACCGUUUGCAGCAUUUUGGCUCAACAAACGCCUUAAAUAUUAAUCCAGACUACAAACUAGUGUCAACAAAUAGGAGUUUUGAAAAUCUAAACUACCCAAAAGAUUCAUUGCCUGAUGGGGAAGAGCAGUACAUUUCGUGGCCCUUCAAGCCAUCAGCAGGUAGCUGUAAAGCGCCAAACGGGACGCAGGAGUUAACACAAGCUUUUGAUGAGGAAGGUUACGACCACUUGAACUUUUUUGGUCAGACUAGCGUCUUUACUAGUCCCGAUUAUAAGCAAGUGGUUGCAUCGAGUCCUCUACACUCGCUAAAACCUGCCUCCAAUCUCUAUGAGGAGAUCAACACGAUUGAACCAACUAGAGUAGCAGACGAUUCACAUUUGGGCUACGCUAGCAUUAAAAAAGAUAGCGCUGGCAGGGUGGUAAUAGAGGAUUCGACGGAAGAAUCCCAGAGGGUGGCUCACCAAUUUCAGAAUCAUCAGCCAUACGCAAUCAUCAGUAAGCCGAAACGUGUAUAAUCUCAACUACAGAUUUAAUGCAGUAAGUUGUUACUUGAUGUAAUUCGAAACGCUUGUAUUAUGUUUGCAAUAACUUAAAAUUGCCUGUGAUAUUUAGGAACGGUGUAAUUCGGUUGGGUCCUUCACGAAAACGCAGCAGGUCAUCAAACAAAGAUGUUGUUUUAGUAAUCUACUUAUAGCUAGAAAUUGACUUGUGCAGGAAUAAUUAACUUCUAAAGAAAAAGGUAAUAGUGAAACUUUUUUAUGACCCCACAAUCGACUCUGUUUUCACAAGUUCGUGCCAUAACAUGUAUGUUUAGUCAUUUCAACUCAGUCUACAGGCGUUUUUGUAACACAAUUGAUUUAACAUGUCCUGAAAUUGUACACAUAUAUAUUGGGGUUUAACUAAUGUUACCUAUUUUUUUAAUUAACGCAUUGUACAGUUUUUAACUGAUUUAUUCAUGUUUGUGAAAUAUAUACAUUUACUUUCGCUUGUAUGGAACAGUAUUAAAAGAAAGUAUACGCUUAAUUUGUGUGAAUGACAAUUAAGUUUCUUCCAUCCAACUUUAUUAUAUUUAUAUACCGCUCAUUACUGUAAAAUGUAUGUAUAAUAUACAAAUACUGGUAA